AUGAUCGAAAGAGUUAGCCGAGAUUGGUUUUAUAAAUUAGCCUCUGACUUACAAGAAGAACGGGUCCGGGCAACGAUUGGUUUGAUUGAGGAACUCUCAGAGAUUAAGAAUGAGUCAAAAGAAUGGGAAUAUGUGUUAAAUAGACUCAUAAAAGGUCUUGCAUCAAGUAGAAAUGGUGCUCGCUUAGGCUUUUCUCUAUGCUUGACUGAAGUUGUUUCGUUAGCGCUCGAAAAGAAAUUCCUUGGCUCUAUCGAUGACUAUAUGGAUCUGCUUCAAGGAGCAUUGUUCAGAGAGGCCGUCAAGAACGGUAAAGAGGAGCGGGGUCUUUUGUUCGGUAAGAUGUUCGGAUUUCAAGCACUUUUAAAUGAACCACUAUUUUCCAAAAUUUUCAAGAGUGAGUCAAAUUUACUGAAUGUGGGCUUCACAAUGAAAUUCGUGGAUUCUCUAAUUCAAACAGCUCUUCAAAAGAACUGGAUUCGGGAACCUUGCUUUUACACAAUUUAUCAGGCGCUUGAAAAGCUGUCACCUUUUUUUGAUUCUUGGGAGCCUAUUGUAGGAAUUCUACAAUUGCUUGAUAAAAGAGGUUUAACACUAACUAAUGAGGGUUUGGCAGUUUACAUCUACUUCAUUCAUGUUUGUGAUCACACAAGAACCAUUAUCGCGGAAAGUGAUUCAUUGGAGAAACUAUCCGUGACACCAGCGUGGAAGUACAACGAUCCAUUGACUAAAGGAAACUUGCCUACAAUUGCAGGGGUGCUCAAAGAUUCUUCGCCUGUAGAUGACACGGGCUUGAAACAAAAAGGAACAUGGAACUCCAGGCUGCACUUUGUGUGGGAUCUGAUACUGCAAGUGUUGAUUAGAGGUUUGGAAGAACAGCCCACUCACAUUUCAAAGAAGCGGAAGAAGAGCAAAAAGGAAAAAGGUCGUUACAUUGAAUUUCCCGACUUUUGGAAGUUUGUAAUAGAUGAAUCUUUUUUCAGCGACAAAUCAUCGAGUGAAAGAAAGUAUCAUGGACUUCUGAUUGCAGAGAAAGCUUUUGAUCUCGUCCCAGAUCAUUUGAUACAAGUAGUCGUUUCGAAGAAUCUUCUAAGAUGCUUGAUCAAUCAAGCAUCGGACGCUGAUAGAAACCUUCACAAAAUAGCUCAAAAAAGUCUUAACUCAAUUGUUAAGGCAUGUCAAAAACAGCCAAGUAGAACUAUAGCAUUUGCGAGCUCGCUUCUUUUUGGCGAAAGUGGAAGUAUUAACUUUGACAAAAUUACAAAGACUAAAACAAUUAAUUCUCUCAUCAAUAAUAAAGGAUUGACAGAAUCAAAUAUUAGCGCGCUAGUCAACAUGCUAGUUGCUAAAGCGAUGAGCGAUAAUGACAUCAAGACAAGGACAUUUGUACUAGAUACCUUGCUACAUGUUGUUCGUGGUCACAAAAUUGACAGUGAUGAAAGUUGGAUAAAUCCGCUGUUGAAAUGCUUAAUAUGUCUAGGCUUUUUUAAGACAUGCGAUAGUGUUGCCAAAGAAUCAGAGGAUAAUGAGCCCCUGAGUGGUUUGGAACUUGUCGCUAGGGACAGGUUAUUCUCUAUACUUGCUGAGCUUUUCUCGGCAAAUGAUAAACUUUCUGGAUAUGCGUCUUGGCCUCACGUCGCAUUGGAUAUUUUGGGCGAGAAACGUGAGUCUCUUAGACUGCUGAAUUCCAUGGACGAAGAAAUAAAAGAAAUAGUUGAACGAGGUUUGCUUCAACACAAGAUUAUUUCCUCAAAGUUGGCAAAUUCGCCCACCGCCCAAUUACGCGGUUUAGAAUUACUGUUCUCAGUAACACUUCUGUUAGUGUAUUCCGGCGAUACAGAAUCCGUUUUAGUUCUGGAAGACCUCAUGAGCUUAGUAGAUUCUCUGAACCAUUCUGAGGAGAAUACUACAUUAGUUGGUCUCACAGAAAUCCUACUCUCCUUCGCAUCACAGAAAAAAGCGCUUUUGAAAAAACUGAGUCUCCAGGUAUGGGAGCUAUUUUGUGGUGAUGUAUCACUCAUUGAACUCAAUGUUCUAUUUGGAGUAUUAACGGCCAGGGAGAACAAAGAAGGUUUCGCAGCAUUGUUUGAGGCUGACAAUAAUGACGAGGAAUCUGCAACAGAGGAUGUCAAUGAAUUAGAUUUGGAGGAAGUCUCAGAGGAAACCGAAGUGAGUCAGUCAGAAGAAAGCGAUUAUUCUGAUGAUAACGUAGAAAAAAUUGAUAAGGAAGCCACGAGUGCUCUUGCAAGAGCCUUAAAUCUGCCUGACACAAUUUUUGAUGAAAAAGGAGAGGUCAAAAUUGAAGAUCUGAAUAGCUCCGAAGAUGACGAAGAUGUUCUAAGUGAAACAUCAUUAGAUGAUGAAAAAAUGAUGGAACUUGAUGGCCAAUUGUCAGAAAUUUUCAAGAGGAGAAAAGAAGCCCUGUCAGCCAUAUCAACAGGAAACAAAAGAAAGCAAGAGGUACAGGAAUCUAGGGAAAAUGUAAUUGCUUUCAAACAUAGGGUGGUAGACAUGAUUGAAAUUUACGUCGGAAAUUUGGAUAACUUUUUGAAGCGAUCUUCCGGAAGUCAUUUGAAUCUCAUGAUUAAUUUCAUUUCAACAUUAAGUCCGCUAAUCUCUUGUUUAAGGAUAACUCUUGAUAGAGCACUUGCUGAAAAAGUAUCAAAGCUAAUCAAAAACAGAAUUUGCAAACCAAGAUGGAAGUCAUUUGAAUUAUCUGUCACAGAAGAAAUACAUUCCCAAGUUAUGUCUAUGCUAACAGAAAUUCAUGAAAUGUUACUUGUUUCAAAAGGAGGUCAAUUUCAAUCUCUAUAUUUCGCAGCGUGCUCCUCUGCGUCACUCUUUUUGUCUAAGUUAAUCGUUGAUAUGUCAACAGACGAUAAUGGCUAUGAUCAGCUGAUCGAUCUUUAUACUAAGACCUUAAAAUCUUGGCUUUUAGAGGGUAAGUUUGGUGUCUCCAUCUUCCUGGAUUUUAUGAAUUGGCUUGACAGUAAGAAACAAAAUCGCCACAAGGCCCUGGAAAAAUGA